UACACCAUUCUAAACACCUACUAGUGACACACUCAUUUUAUUUCCCUGUCUGACUCAUACUUGGGUAGCUCCCUAUUUUCAAUCUGGGACUACAGACGUCUGAAAAAAAAACACCAGCUUCCCCUCCCAUUUUCUCCUGCUCUCUUUUUCUCUCCCUCUCUUCCCCUCCCUUGUUCUCCUCCCUCUCUCCAGAGACAUCUGGCUUUUCAGUACCACAGUCUUCUUACCUGCUGACCUUCCCACACACAGAGGGAGAGAGAGAGAGAGGAGAGAAAGUCGGCUUCCCCUCCUGAGUAGAGCUAUGUUUCCCCUCCGUGUCCCAAUCUUGGCCUUGCUGGUCAGCCUGACUGUAGGUCAGUACUACGACUAUGACUACCAGCCAUAUGCCCAGCAGAGCGCAUCCAGCCCAAACUGCGCCCAGGAGUGUGAAUGUCCCAUCAACUUCCCCACCGCCAUGUACUGUGACUCCCGCAAGCUCAAGUUUGUGCCCAUCGUGCCAUCGGGCAUCAAGUACCUGUAUCUGCAAAACAACCUGAUAACGGAGAUCAAGGCCGGCGUAUUUGACAAUGUCACGGAGGAUCUCCGUUGGCUGGUACUUGACCAGAACCAGAUCACCAGCGACAAGGUGGCCAAGGGCUCCAUCGACAAACUCACUGGUCUCCAGAAGUUCUUCUUUAGCCACAACAACCUGACCGAAGCCAUAAUCCCUCCUUCCAAGUCCUUGGAUGAGCUGAAGAUGACGAACAACCAACUGUCCAAGUUCCAUAAAGCGAGCCUGUCCGGGAUGAAGAACUUGACUUCCGUUCACCUCCAGCACAACAAGUUGACUUCUGAGUCUCUUAACGGUGUGUUCAAGGGCCUCAACUCGGUGUUGUUUAUAGAAGUGACCAACAACAAGCUGAAGAAGCUGCCUUCGGGCAUGCCCAGUUCGCUGGAGACCUUCUACGCCGAUCACAACGACAUCAGCAGCAUCAGUGCCGGGGACCUCAAAGAGCUGCCCAAACUGGCUUACUUGAGGUUGGCCUACAACAAGCUGACAGAUGCUGGGAUUUCAGCAGGCGUGUUCAACGUGACCAACCUGGUGGAGCUGGAUCUGUCAUACAAUAAGCUGAAGUCCAUCCCCGAAAUCAACGAACAGCUGGAGCAUCUCUAUCUGCAGGUCAACCAGAUCAACAAGUUUGACUUGGGUAGCAUCUGCAAAUUCUCUGGACCCCUCAACUACUCUCGCCUGAAGCACCUGCGUCUGGAUGGGAACAACAUCACACAUGCCGACCUACCAAGCGACAGCGCCAACUGCUUGCGCCAAGCCACCGAUAUAGUCUUUGAAUAAGGACCCCUCCCCUCAACUCAAAGCUCUCCUGCACAACCCUCUCUUUGCGUCCCACCUUUUUUGCUCACAACCACGUUACUCGCAAUGCUGCUGUGUUUCGAUAUUUACACUAGCCAACUACUGUAAUCAUUCUGAGUGUUGUUGUAGUGUGGAUAGUGAAUCCCAAGCACAGUGUAAAAACCCAUCAGACCACAGCUAGUCCUUCCUGUAAAUACACACAAUUAAAUAAUAGACUGACCAAGGUAAGGAACCCUGGAGAUAUUUUAUUGCAGUGCAUCAUGUUCUUCUAAUGACAGCCAUAGGGUGUUUUGGCCAUAGCAAAUGGCUGACCCUGUACCAAUAGUUUUACCUAAAUUUGCUGCAAAUUAAAUAAUCAGCAACACUAUAUAACAGGGUCUCAUUAAAAGCACUUGAAGUGUGUACUUGUCCCUAAAUGUCUGUACUUUUUUUUUUUAAAACAACUGAUGUAUUUUUGUGUGCAAAAGAGACAAUGUAGGUGUUGAUGUCUGAUUAAGGUGCCUUUGAUAUAAAAGCAGCUCACACACUUCAAACAUUCCAAAGCAGUGGCACAUGUUGUUGUUUUGAGGUUUAGUACAUUGAGGAGUAUGGGAAUAAACGAUUUGCAUAUAGAUGCAUUGCCCAUUCCUCUAUUUUAUGUUUGUCUUGUAUGUUAUGACAUUUCUAUAGGCUUCUUGUAUUUAGUAAGUACACUCCCAGAAUCAUAUUGCUGUGCAAAAGACCUGCAGGUAAGGAAAACGAGAAUCUAAGAAAGGUCUGUUGUGUACUCUAUAUCAUGUCUACUGGGAGAAUACUGAACAGUGGAACACUUUGGGAACCAAAUUAAAGCUUGUAUGUCAUGCAAAAAGGUAUUUUUGUGUAAUCCUUACUGACAUGAUUAAACAGCUGGACGCUGAAUAGCUCUGCUGAAUAAAUUGAGCGUCACAAUGAUUUAUUAUGCAGCUGCAGAUCAACGUUUUUUGUUUUUUUAUUCAAAGUUUGCAUUAAUUGCAUGCAUCUCAUGGUAACUCUGUAUGAUAGUAAAUGCUAGCAUUCGAAGUCGUUGUCCGUUCAUGGUUGCAUUGUUUGCCAUGUUGAUGUAUGCCCGUAAAGCCUGAUUAGAUCGACAACAAUUGGUUGUGAGGCUAAAUUUAUCUUGCUCUAAUAUUGUGGCAAUGUUGGUGGGCUGCAGUGCAAUUGAACUGAGUAAGCCUAUACCCUGAUUUUGUGUUAAUAUGGCUUUUGACUCAGUAAUCGCUGGUGAAUUUACUGUGAGGACAUACAAAACAUUUGAAUAAAGGAAAAUUUCCAAACUACAA